AUGUUCGCCGUUUUAGCUCUUGCUGCUCUCCCUCUUCUCUCUUCCGUCAUCGCGAUUGAUGGUUGUACACGUAACGCUACCGUGGUAGAUGGUGAUACUUGUGAUUCCAUCUCUCGAAAAUACGGUGUAUCAACAUACCAACUCGCCCUCGUUAACGACGCUACCAUCGAUGAGAACUGCGAUAACCUCGAACCAGGACAAGUCAUCUGUCUCGGUAUUGAAGAGCAUGACUGUACCAAAGUCUACACCGUCGUUGCUGAUGACACCUGCGAUUAUAUUCAACAAACUUAUGGUAUCUCCAACGAGACUCUUUGGUCCAACAACCCUCAAAUCGACGCUGAAUGCGGUAACAUCUAUGUCGGAGAGGUCCUCUGUGUAGAUACGGAUUCUUACACUUACCCAACCUACAACGAGACUUUGUACAAUGCUCUCGCUUACACCUACCUCCCCUUCUGUGACGAAUAA